AUGGAGGACUUCGGCGCCGCUGAGGAACAGGCUCAACAGCCAAAUAACGCCCACGAUGAGACUCGACAGUCUCGAACCACGACUCCUUCAGCCCGCACUUCCGCUCAUCCAUCGCCUCCACAUCAGCAACAACCACAAACCGGCCCAUUAGUCACCACUCCCGCUUCCGCUCCGGUUUCCGGCCCCUCAACAUUAACACCGGGACCUCCGCCCUCCGACACGGGCGCCGACGCCGGCUCCGAACCCGUCAACCCCCGAAAGCGCAAAAAGGCUUCACGAGCCUGCGACUUCUGCCAUGUCAACCAUCAACCCUGCGACAACGGCCAGCCCAAAUGUUCCGUCUGCACCAAACAUAACAAACCCUGUCUGUACCUGCGUCCGACAAAACGUCGCGGCCCUCAAAAGGGUUAUCGAACAGCUCUCAACACGUACAAAGAGAGCGCCGCAGCAUGGGGAGCUGUACUUGGCGCCAUUCCCGGACUGGACGCCCUGAUUGAGGGCCAUCUGAGGGCGGCCGGCACCCAGGGGAAGCAGAUCAUUGCGAGUAUCAAGGAUGCGAAUGCGCAGGAGGGAUUGAUUGCCCGGUGGCAGGGGAGUGGAGUUUUUCGGGCUUUCUUCGGGGCGGUGAGGCCAGGAACGGCGGGCGGUGUUGCGGGAGGGGGCGAAGAUGGAGGAAGGGAAGGAAGUAGUGCUCUUACGCAGGAUGGGGAGCAGGAGGAUGAAGAAAUGGGCGGUCUUGGUGUUGGGUCUCCGAGUGUUGCUGCUCAAGGAGUUCUAGGAGGACAAGCACCACCCGCGAAAAGAUUCGCACGAGAAACGGAACAAAGGCGACAAGUAGCGAGGGAUUUGGCUCAAUUACAGCAGCAGCAGCAACAACAGCAGCAACUGCAACUCCAACAACGGCAGUCCGUCGCAGCGGAAGCGGGUCUAGGAGGAGCAGGAGAAGGAGGGAGACGAGCGUCGAUAUCCCCAACGAAAUCACCAGCACCGUCGGUAUCGGUACCACCGCCUCCAAUACUACAACCAGCGACAACAGCGACGACAACAACAAUGACAACAACAACAACAACAACAACACCACCAGCACCCCGUCCCGUCCCUGUCACAAGCACAAGCACAGGGAUACCGACUCUCAACACCCUCAACACCAUCACCACCACCACCGCCCCACCCAAAUUCACAAUAAACGACUCCACCCUCUCAGACAUCGUAGCCAAAGACGCUGCACAAUCCUCCUCACGAGAAUCCCAAACCCUCCGUCCCCUUGGGUUCGCCCCCGACGAGACCAUCGCCGACUUUUACAGCAUGGGAGCGAAUCCCGAUCCAAUCAUGUCCGCCAUGUCCAUCUCCCACCACCAUCACCAGUAUCACCACCCGCUAGGCGGACCAAAUGGCAGCAGCAGCAGCAGUAGCAGCAAGAAUUUUAAUGGGAAUUUCAACGGCGGCGGCAGCGGAAGUGGUGGUGGAAAUGGGGUUAUCAAUGGGAAUGGGAAUGGGAAUGAUUACGAUGGGACGUACCAUGGCGGUAUCGGCGGCAGCGGUGGUGGUAGUGGUGCCGCUGCUGGGGAUGCUGACGAUGACUUUUUAUUGUUUGAUUCCGAGCAGAGGGCUUAUUAUGAGCUUUUGAUGGGGAGGAGUUUUGGAUGA